AUCAAUUAAUCGUCAAUCUGAAUCUGGCAAUCCUUUGCCCGUGAUGCUGUUAGGAUAGUGGGCCCUUCGCAUGUUGUCCCGUGCUUUCGUACCCCAUUCAGCUACCUCAAGCUGUGAACAAUUUUGCAGAGAUAGGAAUUGGCACAGGGUCUAUUUUAAUGAGCCACAACGGCUUUUGCGCCUUUCCUACCUAAUCGCAAGCAAGCAAGCAGAUCUAUCUAUGAUAUACCUUAGGUACAUAUAUCUAUCGAUCCAUCACGCGCCUCACCAAUCUGUGUCUGAAGAGAAGAAUAGUCGUAAAUCCUCACACCUGAGAGGAUUGACUACGUUCAACCGAUUCGAGAUCCUGGCUACCUUCAUUCCAGAAACGUGCAACCUCCAGUCUUCAUGAUCUCACAAUCAGAGCCUCCCCCCCUCCGCGGCCCCUCUUCCGUUGUCUCGGCGCGCUCCGCUUCCCGUCCUCAUGUUUCUUCUCGAAGUAAGCGGUACAACCGCUCUCACACCGGCGGAAGCUCCUAUGUCCCGCAAAAUGAAUUCCCCGUGUUCAGCAAUUCGGGCGAUGUCGAGAUCAUUAUAAAAGCAGGCGGGAAAGAGAACAGGUAUCUCUUGCACAGGCACACUUUAACCAGAUGUUCGGGGUUUUUCGAAGCGAGCACAAGCCAGGAAUGGUCCAAAGCAAGUUUACUGCCGCCAGCAGACGCUUCGUCGAGAGAACUCGCAAGGAUCGGGGAGGAUAGCGCUAGUAGUAGCGGAAACGAAGUCGCGCGAUCUCGUAUAAAUUCGCCCGCACCGCGGAAACGAUGGCGAUACGAGCUGGACCCUGGGAGCGAUGGAGAUGAUAUACCAAUGUUGAUACAGAAGGAGGCUGCUACUACUACCGAUUCCGCGCCGUCGGGCUCCCUUUUUGGAAGCGGCGGCUCAAUUUCGAAUACAACUACCACACGUAGGGUGAGCCAUUCGCAUACGCAUUCCACGAGUUCGUUCUUCCGUUCGGUCGCAAACCUAUCCAUGGUUCCGUCAAAGGCAGACCAAGAUGUGCCUCUUUCGCAAGCCGACGCCGAUCUACUUCGGGAUUAUGAUAACCUCUUUCGCAUCUUUUACAACUACCCGCCGCUGCUGGAUAGCAUAAAUAUCGCCGACGCGUAUGUACAGUGUAAAUCGCUCCUUACGUUAGCAGACCAGUACGACGCCUUAGCUGUUGUAGGCCCGCGGGUUGACCAUCACCUAUUACAAUUUCAAAGUAGGCUGUGGAAGCAGAUCGCCAAAUAUCCCAUUAGCUAUUUGCGCCUAGGGUAUUUGAGCCGAAGUAAGGUUAUCUUCCAGGAAGCCUUAAUACACGUUGUCGGACAAUGGCCGGCUGGGGAGCGAAGUAUUAGGCAGUCAUUCCCGGAUAUCGUUCUGGAUAUCAUAGAAGAUAAAGUUGACGAGCUGGAAGAGACGGUAUCGAGGAUCGAGGGUCGUCUCUUUCGCCUUAAUCUCACCAAUUCGCGUGGCGAGCGCAUUACGCCGGGUACGUCAUAUCUCGAUUGGCUUGCCGUGUCUUUCUUCCGCCAAUGGCUUGCGGAUAAUACGUCUCCGGCGCCGCUGGCUCCUCCAAGUGCCCGAGGGCAUUCUUCCCGUGAUGGUGGGCCAUCUUCCCGCUCUGCGGCUGUAAUCGCUUCAGCACCCAUGGCGCCGAAUCUCGCAAGCCUAGGUCGUACUUAUCGUACCCUGGGCUCCGCGACAGGUGCUGGUUAUCUCGGUCACGACGAGUGUAAGCGCUUUCUUAAGCUAACGCCCGAGCUGUACUCGCGCGAUAACCUGAGGCGAUUCGAGAAACGCAUCGACGAACUCAAGAGCGCCGCCCGCGAGAUCGUUCGGCCGCUCAUGGGUAGCGGGCUCGAGCUAGAGAUGGAGCGCGGUGCCGUUACACCAAACAGUGGUGGCGUUGGCGGCAGUUCUAACGUACCCAUAGCCGCGAGCGGCAUGACUAGUUACCUGACGUGCGUUCGGGUGAUGGAAAGAGACUUGCCAUGGGCUGUUGAUGACUGAAAUAAUGAUGUCUUUGUCGUUUCGGGAUAUACAACCAGAGACAACAAGAACUUAAGAUGGAAUGAGCAAUGCGAAAUAACGCAAGCAAAGAUGAGAUGAGAUGAAAUGAAACGAUACGAACGAACGAACGAACGAAUUCAGGUUCAAAGCAACUGGCCGGCCUGUUCGAGCUUGGAACGAUGGAUACCUAUAUAUAACCAGGUGGAGCCUGGGACACGAUCUAUUCUUCGA